CAUAAACAUUGGGAGCCAUUUUGUUACUCAGAGAAGCCAAGUGAGGUGUCUGAGGUGUCAUCGCGACGAGACCGGCGCUGUAAAGGCACUGUUAAAAAAACUCAAAUUAUAGAAAAGACGACUUAUCAACGGCAUUAUGGCUACAAGUAUUGAUGUAGCACAAGUUUUGCAAGAUGGAACGUGCACGCUGCAACCAAACGGCAAAUAUUUCUGCGUCUGUAAUACAGAGCUCUUGAAAUCUUCCAUCAAGAGACACCUUGCUUCUAAAAGACACUUAGGAAAGAUGUCGACGCUAAAUGGAUAUGGAAAAAGCCAUCGCAACAAGACCUCAAGUACGAGUGACGAACAGCAGGCUUUGCAAGAUGGAACGUGCACGCUGCAAUCAAACGGCAAAUAUCUUUGUAUCUGCAAUGCAGAGCUCAUGAAAGCUUCCAUAAAGAGACACCUUACUUCAAACAAACACUUAGAAAAGGUGUCUAGGCAAGAUGUACGUAGACCAAGUCGUCCUGGGAAGGAUUCGAACACAAACCACUUGGAGAAAACAAGGAAUAUAGCCCACAGUGUGCUAGCCCCACAGAGUGAAGUUGCACAGGCUUUGCAAGAUGGGACGUUCACGCUGCAACCAAACGGCAAAUACCUGUGCGUCUGCAAAUCAGAAAUCUUGAAAUCCUCCAUAAAGAAUCACCUUGCUUCUGUUAAACACAAGGAGAUGGCUGCACCCCACAUGAGAUCAAGAACAGGGAGAGAAGAAAGAACAGGAAGAGGAGAAAGAACAGGGAGAGAAGAAAGAACAGGAAGAGGAGAAAGAACAGGAAGAGGAGAAAGAACAGGAAGAGGAGAAAGAACAGGGAGAGAAGAAAGAACAGGAAGAGGAGAAAGAACAGGGAGAGAAGAAAGAACAGGAAGAGGAGAAAGAACAGGGAGAGAAGAAAGAACAGGAAGAGGAGAAAGAACAGGAAGAGGAGAAAGAACAGGAAGAGGAGAAAGAACAGGGAGAGGAGAAAGAACAGGAAGAGGAGAAAGAACAGGAAGAGGAGAAAGAACAGGGAGAGAAGAAAGAACAGGGAGAGGAGAAAGAACAGGAAGAGGAGAAAGAACAGGGAGAGAAGAAAGAACAGGGAGAGAAGAAAGAACAGGGAGAGAAGAAAGAACAGGAAGAGGAGAAAGAACAGGGAGAGAAGAAAGAACAGGAAGAGAAGAAAGAACAGGAAGAGGAGAAAGAACAGGAAGAGGAGAAAGAACAGGAAGAGGAGAAAGAACAGGGAGAGGAGAAAGAACAGGAAGAGGAGAAAGAACAGGGAGAGAAGAAAGAACAGGGAGAGAAGAAAGAACAGGAAGAGAAGAAAGAACAGGAAGAGGAGAAAGAACAGGGAUAGAAGAAAGAACAGGGAGAGGAGAAAGAACAGGGAGAGAAGAAAGAACAGGAAGAGGAGAAAGAACAGGGAGAGAAGAAAGAACAGGAAGAGGAGAAAGAACAGGAAGAGGAGAAAGAACAGGGAGAGGAGAAAGAACAGGAAGAGGAGAAAGAACAGGAAGAGAAGAAAGAACAGGGAGAGGAGAAAGAACAGGAAGAGGAGAAAGAACAGGGAGAGAAGAAAGAACAGGAAGAGGAGAAAGAACAGGGAGAGGAGAAAGAACAGGGAGAGAAGAAAGAACAGGGAGAGGAGAAAGAACAGGAAGAGGAGAAAGAACAGGGAGAGAAGAAAGAACAGGGAGAGAAGAAAGAACAGGAAGAGGAGAAAGAACAGGGAGAGGAGAAAGAACAGGGAGAGAAGAAAGAACAGGGAGAGAAGAAAGAACAGGGAGAGAAGGGAAAUUGUCACUAAAUGAAAGGCAGCACCAUCGCCAAAAUUACGACAAGAAGGAAAAGUCACGGAAAAGUGAAACGAGAGAACCGUGUCCUGUUGAAGAAGGCGAUUUGGACACGGAGGAAGAACAAAGCCAAGAAGAGGAGGAGGAAGAACAAAGCCAAGAAGAGGAGGAGGAAGAACAAAGCCAAGAAGAGGAGGAGGAAGAACAAAGCCAAGAAGAGGAGGAGGAAGAACAAAGCCAAGAAGAGGAGGAGGAAGAACAAAGCCAAGAAGAGGAGGAGGAAGAACAAAGCCAAGAAGAGGAGGAGGAAGAACAAAGCCAAGAAGAGGAGGAGGAAGAACAAAGCCAAGAAGAGGAGGAGGAAGAACAAAGCCAAGAAGAGGAGGAGGAAGAACAAAGCCAAGAAGAGGAGGAAGAAGAAAAUGAAGAAGAGUUCCACUUAAAACAGCAAUGGACAAAGUACAGUAAAAAAGAGGAGGGAGAGCUAAGUAAAGAAGAAUCGCGCCUUACACAGCUCUGGGAUCAAGAGGAGGAGGAUUCAGAGCUCAGUGAGGAAGAGUCCCAACAAAGCAAAGGAGGAGAUAAUCUACUUUUCGAACCAUACCGGAUGGCUUCUCAACCUCGUGGUAACGUCUACAUCUUCAACUACAAAUUCAAGGGAAAACACAAUUACCGCAAUGGAGCUGAACACGACUCUGAAACCAUCAAAGCCACGUUCACCAACAUGGGUUAUCGGGUAUUUACCAAAGAAGACUUGUCCAGAAGAGCGACUCUGAUGGAGCUGAAACUCAUAAGAGAUGGAGAGAGCAUUAGAGACGUCGACAGCAUGAUCAUGUUCAUUCUAAGCCACGGGAAAGGUGUUCGCGACUUCAUUACUGAGGACGGGCUCAGUCUGUCCCUUUCCCGAAUCCAUCAAAUGUUCACGGACGCGCAGUGCCCAGCCCUCCGAGGGAAACCUAAGAUCUUCUUCGCGAACUUCUGUCGCAAAGGCGUUUAUGAAACAUGUCCCGUUUUCGAAGCUUCGGACCCUCCAAGGGACAUGGUAACCAUCCACGCCGCAGGGGAGGGAAUCGACGCCCUUCGCAACACCGCCUUCGGAACGUACUUCAUCCGCAACCUGUGUCAGGUGCUGCAGGGACACGCCGGCGAGAAGAGUCUUCGGGAAAUCUACUUGGAACUGGCCGAGAGAGAGGGGACGCAACCCAUGUGGGAGGAUUUCGUCUUUCGGAUUUUUUACUUCAGUCCUACGAAGUCAAGUACGAAGACGUCGGGCAUGAAGAGAGAUGAUAAUUGUAGGUAAAGAAACAUUCACUUAGCACGAGUUACCUGAUUUUGUGCAUUUAUGAUAAGAUUAGAUAAUGCAUUAAAAAAAAAAAAAAAAAAAAAAAAAAAGUGUAUAAAUAAAUGAAUAUAUACUUUUUUCUGUCCACUGAUCAUAACAGUUAUUUUCCCAUAAUCAUUUGAUAAUGGAUGGGGAAAGUGACAUGUUGGCAAACCUCAUCCUGGCUCCCCACGAGCGCCUUCCGCCAGCAACUGGAAGGGGGGGGGGAGCGAAGACAAGGAGAUUUCUUUACUGUUUUAGUAAUUUUGUUUAGACUGCUAUAGAUUUUUUUUCUGCUUUACAACCUUAUUUGUAGGUUUGUAUUUUUAUUUAUCUCGAUCAGAUAACUGUUGUCCUUAAGUUGAUUAUCUUAUUUUACUCAUCUCCUGAUUUCGACCUAUUAUUUUUGCUUUACUUUACGAGCAUUUUUGUCUCAUCCUCUGGACUCUGGACCAUAGACUAGUAUGGGAUGUAAUGUUUUUCGUUUAUUAAAAUUGGAAGCACAUUUAUAACUUGUCGUGAUUCAUGACGUCACCAAGUCUAUAUAUACCGUUAGAAAAAGCGCGAAUUACACUCAGUCAUUAUUGCAUUAUUUUCUUUGUGUGACAUCUUUUCUUGGGACACCUGAGUGAGGGAGAGAGAGAGAGAGAGAGAGAAACAGAGACAGACAGAGAGAGAGAGAGAGAGAGAGAGAGAGACAGACAGAGACAGAGACAGACAGAGACAGAGAGAGAGAGAGAGAGAGAGACAGAGAGAGAGAGAGAGGGGAAGAGCAUCCCUUUAAGCUAGACAAAAUUCCACCCGCCAGUUUAAUCCAGGACAGCAAGCUAACAAUAACCUUACGGCGCAGCUCUCCAGUACUGGUGAUGCCGAGAUUAACACACGCGUGAGAGAUGCUGCUACGGUUUACAAUAGCGAACACCAUUCUUAGGUUUUUAUAACGUACACGAAGCCUACGAAACUCUGAAGUCCAUCACGAACGGUAUGCAGUAGAGAGAAGUAAACAAACUUUUAAACAGAAGUACCUUAACAUCAUGUGAACAACUAUCAGAGUUCGAAAUAAAGUAAUUAGCUCUAAUACACAAUCAACUAUGUAGCUUCUCUAUGUGACGAUUAUCUGAGUUAACAAGUAGGUUCUAUCGCAGGUGUUUUAUACAACCGUGAUUUGUUAAACAAUCUUUUGUGAAAUCAGUACGUCUCAGUAAGCAGCGUUUUUAAGCCAGCUAAUGAGGGGCAAAGGAGAGCAGUGUCAUCUGCAUACAUGAAGUGAUUUACGAAUUGAUCAUUGAUAUAAAUCCUAUUUUGUGGUUAUUCAGCUUGGUGGAAAAAUCGUCCAUUCGGAAAUUAACGAAAUAGGGCGAGAGGAUGCUGCCCUGUUUUACGCCACAUGUGGCACUGCAAGGGAACCUGUAGACGAACAUCGCUUUUCAUUCAUCCUUUGAUUUGCAUACCACUCCUGGACUAGGUGCACGAUAUACUUGGAGACGCCUCGUUCUGAUAAGUUCUGAAAUGGGAGGGCAAGGGAUAUUCACUCGAAUGCUUUGGACAUACCUAAAAAGUACGCGUAUACCUUGGUGCUAUGUCGCGUUCUGAAUAGAUUCGACUUACAUUUGCCUGCAAACUGAUUAUCGUUUGUUCUCAGAUUAGCAGAAAACCGACUGAGUAAGAAAGUUUCGAGAAUUUUGGAAAACUCUGAGCGGAAGAUGGUAAUUAUUCUUACCGCUCGACUCGCCUUUUUUAUCUUUAAGCAGCGGUGCCAAUAUUCCUUCUGGUAAUUCAUCGGGAAAAGCUGAGUGCUUAUGCACAUAUUAAAGAGAAGCCUGAGCAUGACAAACAACCGGAUGCGGACAUGACGUGCUGAGGGAUGACGCUAUCGCACCGGCGCUGCCGCUAGUGCUGAGAAAAUUGCGUUUCCCAUCUCUCGAACAGUAUUAGACGGUGCGUCGGCAAUAUUUCGUGACAAUGUUACAGCUGGUUCAUUGUAAAUGUUUUGUGGAAAGGAGGCGAAGCGAUGAUAUGAUUAGACCAUUGCCUCCGGGGAUAUUAUGUACGUACAUGCCAUGCCCACUGUGAGUUUACUUGUUUAAUUGUUUUUACACAUAGAUGGAUACACUUGUGCUAAGUCACCAGUGAUCCAGUCAUGAGUAUUGCCUGUCUCGCCCGUUCAUCCUUUUCGAAAAUAUUUUAAGUUAUCUUUUUUUGCUGUUACAAAUAUUCAUAACAUUAUAGUAAUUAUAAUGUUUAUAAUAAAAAUAACAUCAUCGAUAUUUAUAGCACUAGUAAAAAAUACGUUUUUUUUCCGCCAAUUCAAGGAAAGGUGAGAUCAGGUAAGGUCUCAAGACCUACUAAUUGACUCCUUUGUGGCUAAGCACUAGCAGAGCCAUCUAUGUACAGAGACAUUUCACAAAAAAUAUUUUAAAAUGAGCACAGCAUGGUCUGUGCUUGAUUAUUUAUAUGAAAUAUGAAAUGAAAAUUCGCUUCACUAUUUUCUAUAGUUUAUCAUCAAAUUCCUAUCAAAGUACUUUUUAUGGUAGAUAUUCAUUCCUUAAACUUUUUAUUACUUACUGACGUUUUUCAUAUUGAUUUUGUCUCAAUACAUAUUUUUACUCUGAUCUCAUGCGUGUAUUUUACAUUUUAUUAAUGAAUUCAGGCCAAAUCUUUAGGAAUUUCAUGUUGUCGGCAUCUGUCUACAUAAUCAGCCACUGUUUCGCGUUAAGUGCUAUAACUUGAAAUAUUACACUAAUCUUCUAACAAAACAUCCAGAAAUAGAAAGACAAAGAGAUGGUAAUGGUAAUUCCUCAGAACACUUGAACGUCAUGGGUUACGACGAAAAUGCUGAUGAUGGCUUCCUCUCACCCUCUGCUGUUCGCACAAGGUACACAAAGAGCCCAACUCUGUGUAGUUGGCAAAUUAAGAUUGUAAUUUUUUUUUCUUAGUUUCCUUUCGAUUAUUUUUUACUUAGUUAUUUUCAAAGAAAUUUCACAAAAAAAAUAAAUAAAUAAAUAAAAAAACACAAAAUAUUACACAAACUGAAUGGGUCAAAAAUGACGUCAUCCCAUUUAGGCCAAUGAGAGUACGUCGUGAGAUAUAAGAUAAUUUACAUGAUAUAGGUAUAAUUGCCAGAAGUAAAAUCAAAAUUCCCCUCUUUAUUAUACGAUAAAGAAGAGUUCCAUUAACACCAUUAACAGCCAUCAGAAUAUUCUCGGGUAAAGGUCAAUUUCAUUUUGGGUUCAUCAGACUAAAUGGAAGUGGAACUACCUGGUUAUAUAUAUCUUGUGUUCAUAUACCCCUUAGAUUCCUACAAAUUUGGUCAUGCAAGUAGGGGAGAGUAAGAAGUAUACAAGGAAAUUUACUAGGUAAAAAAUGGGAUAUAUAUCAUGAAAAUUGGUCAAGUUUCUGUAAAUUAUAUAAGUACCCCCUUGCAUAUAUACAUGUGUACAAAUAAGUGUUAAUAUGUAAGCGUACAUAGUAUACACAUGUAUGUUUGCAUCCAUACACUGAUAUGCAAAUGUGUAAUCACGUGUGUGAAAGUGGUAUAAGGCCUCUCUUCCCGUAUUUAGAUGCAAUCCAAUGUAUUCUAAUUCGUAUUAUUGAUUGCAGGGAAAAAUAAACAAAAGCAAAGUCUUUUGCUUUUUUAUAAUUUUAAACAGUAUUUUCCUUCGUAUUCCUCCGUACAUUCCACAAUUAAUCGUUCCGAAAUAUCAGCUUUCCUCUUUUAUCCAUCCAUAUA